UUCAUUGCGGCUUCGUCCUGCAUGGACAUAGCAGUCAGUUUCUUCCCUAUACGGUCAUGCACUUCCAGAUACUUGGCGACACAGCGAUCCACGCAUACUGAUUCACCCUUUGUAAGCUCUGAAUCUUUAAAUUUCAGGGGAAGACACUUCUGGAAGCAUCCGUUAGUCAUGCGAUGGUACAUAUCAGACAUCAUCUCGAUUUCCAGCUCCGCAACGAUGUUCAGUUGCUCCGGAGUCAAGCCCUGCAUGCCGGCCAUGCUUGCAAAUUGUAAGCGGGAGUAAUAAUUGCAAGGAAGAAGCGAUAAUAACUAAUAAUGCAACAAAAGAAUGGUGGCGCAAUCUCAAUCACGAAGCCUGCUCAAACAUCCACUUUCGAAGUUAGGAUUAACGAGUAGUCACCCCUUUUCGCGGGUUCCAGCGGUCUGUCUCCAGAAUAACCAUCGAACACACCAAAGAGCAAAUCAACCAUCUACUGCUUACUGGUCAACAAAAAAACAAUAAUCUCUGUUCGGAACCGAAAACUAAAAAGUUUCAAAAGGCAAAAAUUCUUGUUACUGCACAAAGUUGACAAGUGAAGGGAAAAUUAAUCAGAAAAAAACCUUUGUCGGGUUAUGAAAGCUUUGUGACUUUGUCAACACAUUAUUAGUUUUGUACCUUUUGCGUCAGAAUUUCUGUCAUUUCGUCACGAAGUUUUUGAGGUUAUGUCCUUUAUCACUCAGUUUUAUCUGAUUCACUUUUUCAAUCAUCGGCCAACAAAUGAGGCGUUUGUAUUUUACUUUAUCGCGAAGAUCCGCAGCAGCUCGUUCAGUCAACUCCCGAAGCAAAGACAAGAGCGAUUGCGCACCAUCUUGCUCAUUCGAAGAGCUGGCCAAUCUCAUCGAUCCUGAGCCAGACCACUCGACGGUGUGGAGGAAAGCUGUUGAUAGAGAAAAUAAGGUUUUGCUGUUCUAUCAGCUGGAUCUCGGCGGGGAUGAGCCCAAAUUUGCCAAGUGUGUCUGCAUCAGGCCAGAGUUGUUUCAACUGGGAAAGCACUCCGAAGUCAGACUGGUGCCUUCGGCCUUCCUGGCGGAAAAUGACGUUCCGGAAGAGGAUGACGUUGUGCAGAAAAUUUUGCCCCUGGCUCCUCACAUCUCGUCAGUCAUGGAUGUAGUCAAAUUGUUGCAAUACGUCGAGCUGUUCCCUCAUGUUCCGGACGAUGAAUGUGUCAGGGAAGAAGUCCAACAGCCAACUGUUGCACAGUCUGAUCGUACGGUGGACUUUCCGUGUGAUAAUGACGCUGCUGUUGUUGGCAGCUUGAACUACGGCGACUGCGAGCCCAGGGAUAUGGAUGAUGCGGAUUGCGAUUAUGCUCCUUCUGAAGAUAACAGUUCUGCAGAUUCGGAAACAAACGAUGGCGAAAAAUCGACUGGUUCAAAACGUCAACCGAAACCAGGGCCAGAACUGAAUGAUUCGCAGAUCGCCUAUGCUGAUUUAGUUAAACAGUACCUAAGACAGCCUGAUGGAGGUAAGCAGGAGAUUUAUCCCGGAGCCGGUAUUUAUGCCCCCAGACGAAUACUUGAAAAAACCCGAACGAGGUACCUUCCCAAAACACAACAACGACGUGUGAAGAGAAUGGCUGUUCAUAUACCGGCUGCCCACUUCGCCAUUGAUCUCAUGGAUUCGCUGGGGAAAUUUACCAAUAAACUGCCUUUUAAGCGAGCAGACAUCUGUGAAAUUUUUGACAACGAAUUUCUUACAAAAAUUGCCGAAUUCGUGAACCUGAAUCAUGGUGGUGUUGUUAAUGGCGAGCGACCACCUCUUGAUGCCGCGCGGAUCAUCAGAGCGAUCAUGUCUGUAUUGCGACACAAGAAUUACGUACAGAAAGUAGCAGACAAAAUGGCUCAACUCGGGCAUCGAAGUCAAUAUCUCAUGAAAAAAGAAUUGAAUCUGCUGCCACCGCAGGGAAAAAGGGCAAAACAAAGCGGAGAUAAUCAGUCUCAUUCGCUCAUUCCUCCCAUCGGUGAUGCGCAAUUGAAUCCUCUUCUUCCUUAUAACCAUCCAGAUUUCCGGCCGUCAUACUUGUUUCCACGGCCAGGCUACGUUCCUCUUUGGCUUCUUGGCGAUGAUCCGCCAGUGUACAUUCAGAAAACCGAUCUGGAAUACUUUUGUAGUGAACAGUCUCAUACUGAUUAUCCAGAAAGUUCCCGAUGGAUCCGUGCAUUGUGUUAUAAAAUUUUCGAUGAACAGACUUUGCUGCACAUGUGCUAUCUCCAUCGGAAACAACAGCUACAACCCGGAGCCGAUUCGUCCAAAGUUCUUUUUGCUUCGGUUGUUAGCAAAGGAUUUCUAAAAAUGCUUGACGAGUUCACAAGAAAUUCUGGUCGGCUGCUCGAGGAUGUGGGUUUUUUAGCCUUAACAGUGGGCUACUGGUUUAAGGAUUACAAGAGAACGGUCCUGAAAAAAGGUCUCCUGACUGAUGAUCCUUCUUUGGUCAAGGUUACUAAGGCACCUGUAACGCGGCAAGUUCGCAAGAAAAGAAAGAAAUAAUCUACAGGAACGCGGAUUUACUUGUUCUGGAUAUUAUGUAUUUAUGUUUGUUACGUUAUUUGGUUCGACAAGAAUCAGUUGCUUCCAAUUCAUAUUGUUCGAAGCGUGUUAGUCGGCAUUGUCCCAGUCGGGCUGACGAAUUGGACAGAACGAGGCAAAUUAAAAUUCCUCUACCUGAUUUACAAA